CUGCCUCCCUGUUUCAGCAUAGAGGAGGUGGGUUAUUUCUGCAUUUUUUGUGUCGUCCCAAGCAAAUGAAUGACAAAAACAAAGGAGGUUGAUGUUCAUAACUCUCCGACUCACCUCGCCUUCGCCUCGCCCAAGGAACGGAGAGUCCAUCUCCGGCAGAAGAUGGAAAGCGGAGGCGGGACGGAGAGCUUGGACGGCGGCCAGACGCAGCACGCGGUGCCCGGUCCGACGCAGCGGCACCCCCGGGCUGAAACGGCUGAGCUCUCGGCGGCACUGGGCGCUCACACGGGUGAGAAGAAAAAGAUCAACCGGGCGCCGUCUCCGGCGAGACCGAAGGAUGUACCCGGUUGGUCGCUCACGAAGAUCCGCGGAGGGAUCGGGACCACGACCCUGAGCGUCAAGCCCGGAGCAAUCCAUUUGGGAAGCCGCAUUUCCAGGCGCAGUCCUGUGGGCAGCCUCACUGGGAAGGACGGUAAAGCCGAGAGAGGCGGCGGUAAAACGGCAGGAAAAUCCUCCCUGCUGACCAAGACUUCGGUGUCCAAAGCGUUGAAAAGCAACAGCGGUCGGAGGAAGGUGUCGGACGCCAGCACAGGGUCCGACGACCUAUCCAAAGACUCUGGAUGCGCCGCAGGGAAGCUCUCCCCGACAGACAGCAGCUCCGAGCUAUCGGACUGCGCCUCCGAGGAACACAAACUCUCAGCGGAUGCUGGGAGCAGCGACGCCGAGUCGAGGAGCAGCCGCGGUCCAGAAGGAGAGAAGCUGCUCAGGGAUGGCGUGUCGUCGGACAGAGCCUGUUGGCGAGCAGCCGCUGGGAACGCCUGCUCCACCGCUGAGAAAGAUGUAAAGGACCGGCUCUCUCUGAGCAUGGAGGCCGGGGAGGAGAGCAUUUCUCCCGGAGAGGAGCGGUCGGUCACCUCAUUUGACAGCAGGGUGCCUGCCAGCACAUCUCUGGCUUUCUCAGACCUGACGGAGGAGUUCACUGACGGCAUGCAUGAGGAGUACCUCAGGGAAAUAGAAGAGCUGAGAUCUGAAAAUGAUUACCUCAAAGAUGAAAUGGAGGAGCUGCGGUCUGAGAUGCUGGAAAUGAGGGACAUGUACAUGGAAGACGAUGUUUACCAGCUGCAGGAACUGCGCCAACAACUGGAGCAGGCAAAUAAAACCUGCCGUAUCCUGCAGUACCGAUUGAGGAAGGCAGAGCGGCGCUCUCUAAGAGUGGCCCAAACAGGGCAGGUGGAUGGAGAGUUGAUAAGGACGCUGGAGCAAGAUGUAAAAGUGGCGAAGGAUGUCUCCAUUCGAAUCCACAGCCAGCUGGACAGCGUGGAGAAGAAGAGGAGUCGCCUGGAGCACGAGACUGAAGAGCUCAGAGUCAGGCUGCAAGACCUGGAGGUCGCCAAACAAGUCCUGCAGCAGGAGCUGGACAAGAACUCCCAGAAGAAAAGAGGAGCACGAACCAGCAACAAAUCGGACAAGAAGCCUGCUCCGCAGGAGGACAAUUCAGACCUAAAGUGUCAGCUCCACUUUGCCAAAGAGGAGUCGGCCCUGAUGUGCAAGAAGCUGACCAAGUUGGUGAAGGACAGCGAGGCCAUGAAGGAAGAGCUGGCCAAGUACAGGUCACUAUACGGAGACGUCAACACCUCGCUCACUGUGGAGGAGGUUGCUGACUCCCCGCACACUCGAGAAGCUGAGGUCAGAGUUCACCUAAAGCUAGUGGAGGAGGAGGCCAACCUGCUGAGUCGACGGAUCGUGGAGCUGGAGGUAGAGAACAGGGGACUCCGAGCAGAGAUGGACGAAAUGAAGGGCACACAAGAUGGGCCUCAAGAACUUUCUAGUGUUGGUGGUGUUCCAGGGGCAGGGCUUGGCCUCACAGGAGGGGCCAUGGUGCUUGGUGGAGGGGCCUCAUCAGAAAACAUCAUGGAGCUCCAGAGGCACCUUCAGUUUGUGGAGGAGGAAGCUGAGCUGCUGAGAAGAUCUCUGAUUGAGAUGGAGGAACAGAACAAACUGCUGAUGAAUGAGAUAAAUCGCUAUAAAUCUGAAUUCCCACCUGCAACAUCUGCGUUAUCCUCCGAGUCAUUCAUGUCUCUGUCAGACGGGCUGCUGAAUGACAGCCACUCGCACUCAGUACAAGACGGGGCUGUGCUUAUCAGCACCGACACCCCAACCCCUGAAGAGGAGCUGAGACUGGCAAGGCUUCAGAUUGGAGAGAUGAGUGGGAAAGUGAAGAAACUGCAGUAUGAGAACCGCGUGCUCUUGUCCAACCUGCAGCGCUGUGAUCUGGCCUCCUAUCAUGCUCCUUCUUCUUCCUCCUCCUCCUCAUUAAGACUGGCUUUAGAGACAGAUGCAGAGGCUGGAGACUCAGCUGAGUGCCUACCUCUCAGCCCACCCCAUCGCAAAGAGCCAGUAGGUGGUGAGAAUGAUGCUAUUGAGAUAGAUGAACAAAAAAAGAAGAUUGAGGACAACUCUGAUGCAACCACUUCACUCUCUGGGUGCCUGGGGCAGAAGGACCGUGAUGCCUUGUUGGCCAUGAGGGACCAGGCUCGUUUGGUUUCCACUGCUAUACAGCUGCUGACCUCCCCCGAGUCUAACUGCCUGUCCUCCUCCUCCCCUUCGUUGUAUCACAAGGUCUGUAGCAAUGAGGCAGCAGAGCCAUGUGACCUGGAGAAACCCCAGCCUCACUGCCAGAUCUCAGAGCUCUCUGAUUUGGCUGACCGACCUCUGGUUGGUGCUCUGACCAGCAGGCUUCAGGCCCUGCACACCCAGCUGCAGACCUUUGUUGAGCAGGUCGACAGUCUGGGUACACCUCCCACAGGAGGGAGAGAUGCUCAUGUGGAAGGGGCCUCCCCUCCAGCAUCACCCUGCACCUCCAUCCCCUGCUCCGGAGAUGACCAGGAGAACAAAGCAGAGGGAAAGCAGCCUGAUUGUAGGGACCAAUCAGAUCCAAACGAGAAGGAUGAAACUCACCAGAGCAGCCAAUCCGCCAGCAACGCAGCGCAGAAUCAGGAAGCCGGCCAGAUGGAACAAGAGGAGAUGGAGAUGGAUAAUCCUGCGCUCACUGACCUCCGGGCGCAGCUUUCCACAGAAAAGGAGUCCGCUCGAGGAACUCAGGAGGAGCUGGAGAAAGAGAGGCAGAACCAAAAAAAAAUCAGUCUCAGACUUUCACAGCUCCAGGAGGAGCACCAAAAGGCCCUGCUCCGACGGGACUUCCAGCUUCAGAGCCUGGGCCUCCAGGCUCGGCUCCAACAGAGGCUGUGGAGUCAGGAGAGGACUCUGCUGGUUCAGGAGUCCCAGCACCUGAAACAGGCCCUGUUGCUGCUCAGUCUGAAACUACGCUGCUUCCUCAAGCAGUGGAGGCUGGGCUGCAAGAAGGACGCAGAGGGGAAAGAUGUUUUGGAGAUGAACAGCCUGAAGGAUUUGUAUUUGCUAUUGGAGGAGGAGAGCCUGCCAAGCCCCACGAACCAGGCAGAUAAGAGAGCUUCUGCAGACGAGCAGACACUCAGCCUGACAAUAAAGUCAAGCGCUGUGAGCAGCACUCUGGCAGACCUAAAGGUUGCUCUGCAGGACCUGAGUGCAGAGUUGAGACAAGAGAGACAAGGCUCCCAGGAACUCACUCAGCAGUUCGCAAAGGCCAAAGCGUCAUGGGAAGUGGAGAGGACUGAACUAAAGAGCCUCAUCACACAGUUUGAGACCAAACUUGCCAAAACAACAGCAGCACUGUCCCCACCUGAAACCCCGGACCUUCUCGACCUGAUGGUGGCUCUUAAAAAGGAGCGUGAGGAACACCAGCACCUCCUCGCUGAGUCAUAUGCAGCCGUGAUGGACUUAACCAAACAGCUUCAGAUCGGAGAGAGGAACUGGAGCAGAGAGAAACUGGAACUGCUGGAGAGGUUCAGCCAGGAGAGAGCUCAGUGGGAACAGAGACUGAGAGAGGCUACCACACAGCAGGAGAAGGUACAAUGGUCGAAGUCUCAAGGUGCUGAAUCCACACUGGACACGGCUCUAAAUGGAUCAGCAUCACAGAGGGUAAAAUCUACGUUGGAGGACUCAGAGGUUAACAAAUCUACUUGUGAGAAGGACAAAGCGCAGCUUGGUUCAUUGCCGCUUUUUACUCAGGCCGAGUACGGUGAUAUAACCGUGAAGAACUGGAGCAACCUAACCAAUGAGACCCCUGAGAUCGUUGAUACUUGUAAAACCUGGGAUGGUCCAAGCGGCUCCUCCAGUAGCUUCACUGCCUCUCAAAUGGAUCUGGAUUAUGUGCAGAGGAGCUGCACUGCUCCAGACCGGACCGGCAUCCGUAUCUACUACAGCCCUCCUGCUGUGAGGCGUACUGAGCACCGGAGAAGAUACGAGGAGCCAAACGAUUCGGAUCACUCCGGCAUUGGGAGCUCCUCUCUGAAACAGAAGGACACAGGUGGCGGCAUAGCUUCACUGAAUGCUCAGCAACAACAACCUGCCUCAUCUUUCGCUACUUCUUAUGAGCAGUGGCUCAGUUCGCUGUCCAAGCAGCACCGGGAGCUGCUGGAGAGCAGAAGCAGCAGCAUUUCUUCUUCUAUGCCGAGUGUCUUUAGCAGCAGUGUCAGCAGUGGGGCGGCCAAUAGGGUGGCUGACGGGAUGACAUCCAGUUCUCCCUUCCGUGACCUGGAGAUCGGAGACAUUUCUGCCAACCUAAGUGAUGACAUGAAGGAAAUGACUAACUGUGUCCGCCAAGCUAUUCGCUCUUCUUCUCUGGAGAGGAAAUCCAGCAAGGAGCCUGGGAGUCAGCUCGUUGGAGUAUGCACCAAGUCUACCCAGACUGUAGCUCAGAGCAUCAGCAUCGGGCUUCAGACAGAGAGCCUUCCCAGCAGCAGGGGCACAGGGCUGCACUCCAAAGCCUGGUCCCCUCGUCCGUCACCAACAACCACCUCCUCACUGGCGUCUGCCCGAACCCGACAGAUCUCUACAUCUCUGGAUAAAGUGCACGGGCGUAUUGAGAGGCCAUGCUGUUCACCCAAGUAUGGAUCACCUAAACUACAACGAAGAGUGUCUUCUGGUUCCAUUUCCAGACUGGACGUGGCUUCCUCUAGCAGGGACCGCAGCAUGUGGAGCCUACCUCAGAGGCCCAUCGGUGGGAGUGGCGGCUCUGCUUGGGCUCGCUCCACCACUACGAGGGACAGCCCCGUCCUGAACGGCCUCACAGAUGGCCUCUCCAGCCUUUUUAGCGUGGUGGAGCACUCUGGAAGCACAGAGUCGCUUUGGAGGAGUGAAAUAGGAUCGAGCCAGACUGCCAGCCCAGCUCGUCAGCCUCCUGCUGCAGGAAAACCCUCCAGUGCUGUGGUUUGCGGAUCUGACUCCACCUCUCAGCGGUAUGGAGGGUUGGUGCAGGAGUUCAUCAGGAAUGUCUGCAGCAGCCGCGGACCAGGUGGAGUCCCCAUGUCUGCAGAGAGAGUGCAAAAAGACUCCCUUGGCGUCCUUGGAGGUGUGGGUGUCCUGAGUGGUUUUAGCAGCGUAGAUGAACCCACAGUUGGGGGGGCUACUGCAUUGGCUGGACUGAGCGGGAGCAACGACAGCGUGACCAGGAUUGUUAAUAAGAGGUUUAUGAGGCAGACAGCCGGGGAAGAGAUGAUCAGCAUCAUGGGAGGAGGGAAGGAAGCAAUAAGCAUCAGCCUGGCUGCAGGACCAGGAAUGGAGGAUGCACCCUGUGAUUGUGCUGCCCAGUCCUCCUGCAUUGUCCGAUCAUCCAGAGCAGCCGCUCGCCUGUGUAAGCACCGUCUACAGGAGUCUCCAGCUGGAACGGAGGAGAAAGGAGAUACCUGGACUGAGUGAUGAGGCUCCCACUGCCCCACGCAAAGACACGCAGCACAUAUGAAGACGCACACGGAGGAAAUUCACAAACACUACUGCCAUGGAAAGGCUUUCCCACCCCUCCCAGAGCACCUAAGACACAAACACCUAGAACCUGCCACACAGGCCCACUGCCAAACAUACAGAGACAGCACAGACUGCCCCACAAAGCUACUGCCACAUUCACACAAACAGAACCCAGGCACUACCACUCCUGUUUCUAGACAUGCAAGCGAUGCCAAGGACACACCCAGCAUCCCAGACCUACCAGCAGGACUGAAACCAGAUACACUCUCUUACACUUCUAACAACAAUCAUCAGGUAAAAUGAUGAUGUCAACCUCCCACUAACAGAACAAUGGGUACUACAAUCAGUCUGCUGAUUUUACGAUUAUUCACAAAUGCAUGAUAUAAUGUUCUCAUCAGUGAUUUCAAAAUUAUCUAUAACUUUGGGAGGUAUGAAACAAAGACAUUGGGUAGAAAUCAAAAAAGUUGGGUUUUUUUUACGUUUAGUUUUUUAGUUUAUGUUGGGAUGGCUGGUCUGAUCAUUUCACAGUAAUGGACUUGUUCCUGAAACGCCAUGCUGUGUUGGAUUGCUUUGCACAGUUAACUUGACAGAUCUCAAAAAUGCCACAUCUUAUUGACGCAUAGCAGACAGGGUGGAAUACACCGUGUUUUAUUAGUAAGUAAGAGGAAGACGUUGAAAACUAUUGGGCUGCAUGUCCCACAAUGACCAGAUUUGAACUCAUAUGAAGGAGGUAGGGACAUAAUGGCUCAAAAAAAUGAAACCAUGAAAAUGAUCUCAAACACAAUUUUUUCCCUGUGUUCUUUGUGAGCAUUCCUGGAGAGCAAACAUAGCUUGACGCUUGUUUGUCUUGAGCACUAUGACCUCUGUCUUGUCAAAAUAGAGAAACAAAUACAAACAAAAUGGGUGAUGUCCAAGCCAUGACUUUUACCUUCAUUAAUUGAAAUUAUACUGAUUGAUCUCCAACAGCAUUAAAUAUUUGAGCAACAAUCUCAACGCAUGCACGCCUGCUGUGUGGUCUCUUGAAAUGGCUUCUGUUGUUAAACACGCACUACGAACCAUUCCUCCCUGUUGUAAAGUGAAACUGGGAUCCCUUCUGUUAAGCUCAAGGGGCAUUGGACAAAAAUAUAGAUUUUUUAUUAUUUUUUUAUUAUGUUGUUUUUUUCAGACUACCCAAGUCACUUUUGUUGGGAACACAAGUGAGAAAUGAAAUGCAUUCCAUUUUUACUGAUAAAUUGAAAACACGCUUUGGGAUCAGAAUUACACAGUUGGUAAAAUACCUUAAAUAAAAGAAUAAGAGUUCCUAGCAAAAGUAUUCAUACCUGUUGACCCUUUUUACAUUGUGGACCGUUCCACCACAUGAAUUUGCUUUCUAAACCAUUCCCUUGCAGCUCUGGCUGCAUGAUUAUGAUCCUGUUGGAAGGUGAAACUCCACUCCAGUCUUAAGUCUUCUGCUGCCUCCAACAGGUUUUCAUCCAGGGUUUCCCAGUAUUUAACUCCAUCAAUGUUCUCAUAAACUUUAACCAGCUUCCCAUCCUAGUUAAAGAAAAGCAUCUCUGCAGAUUCAUGGUGCCACCACUAUGUUCACAAUGUUGGGAAUGGAUUAAUGUUUGAGAUAUUGUUUUAUAACCUAACCCUGCUUUAAAUGUCUCCACAACUUUAUCUCUGACCUCUCUUGGGUGCUUCUUAGUCCUCAUGACAUUUUUUGUUCCUUAAUGUUCUCUAACAAGAGAGACCUUCACAGAUCAUCUAUAAGUUUAGGCUGUACACAAUUCUAUUCAAUUCACUAAUUAGAAGACUUCUGACAGCAAUUGUCUGCAGGAUUUUAUUGACAGGUAUUAGGGUAAAAGGGGCUGAACACAUGCAUGUCAUAGUUCAAUUUUCAAUUUUUUAUUGGAAAAGUGUAUAUAAUUAUUUUUCCACUUCACAACUACGGAAUACUUCGUGUUGAUCUACAUAAAAGUUUGUGGUUAUAACUUAACAAAUGUGAAGAUGUUCAAUGGGUAUGAAUAAUUUUGUAAGGCACUGCGCUUAGUACUUUUGAUACUUAGAUGGUGCCCAAUUAGUGCGUCUGUUCUACCUAUUUUUCUAAUUACAUACAAUCAAAAUAAAAGUGUCAUUCUCCACAUGCACCAACUAUUAGCUUUCUUACUAUUAAACGAUAUUAAAACUCCUUGAAUUGGUUUUUAGCAUUAUGCCAAACGUAACUGCCUUGGAACACCUUUAAACAUUUUAAAUUUGUUGCUUAAACUUAUAUUUUUUUAAAUUUUAAGACAUGGCCUUUUAUAUUUAAAAAUCUAAAACACUGGAACUUCAUGUGAAAUAGAUCAGUAAAUUCAUUUUGUUUACAAAUAAAAAGUUUUUGUCAAGCUGACACACUGAGUAAUCUAUAAACUGGUCUAUAGAGCUAAUUAUCCCUUAACUGCUACAUAAUCAGCAGCAUAAAUCAACGCCAACACAACUACAAAGGCACAAAAACACAUUUUGCCAUUCUGCAAAGACGAGAAAUGUAAUGUUGGACAAAACAUAAAAAUACAUUUUUUUAAGGGAUUUUUUACACAGACCUUCAGUCCAUUACCUUGCCCUGUCCUUGUCAUUUUUUUUCAGUUAACUAAUUAAAGUGCCUGUUGGAUUGUCUGUCUAAUAUUCAGGUCACGCUAAAACUGGACUCUCUAAAACACACAAACCAGGCAGCCUACUUUUAUUUAGGAAGAUUUUUGUCUUCAUUAAUGUACUGUAUCACAGUGCAGCGACAAAAGGGUAACAACUUUCCGUUGAUGUGGCAUACAUUAUAUGUCGGCCAUUUAAAAUACAAAAGACAUUUCAGGAAACUAAAUUAUUUUACUUUUUAAUUAACAUUUUGCUGAUCUAUUAUCCUGUCUCUGAUUUGUUAUCAUGGUGCUACUUGGUGUACAGUCUUUUGUGGGCUUGUUGUCCUUUAACAAGGAAUCUACCCAUCUUGUGUAUGCACACAGUUUAGUGACUCAGCAGUUUGAAAGUAGGGCAUUACAGAAGCAGUACAUGUACUUAAAUAACAUGCUGAGGAAAACCCACAGUCUCUGUGCUGCUGUCUGUCUCUGUUUUAGCCCUAAUUUUAGGUACAAAACCAACAGCAUGAAACCAGCUGCUUCCUCACAAGAUACUGACCUGAAUGCAAAAUAAAAUGACUAGACUCUGAUUUUUGGCCACAAUUACAUGGCUUUAACUAAGAUAUUUAACUGGUUUACAGCUUAGGUCAUGUUUCAAGGUUUUCCAAAAAGGGUCAUUUACUAUUUCUUUUCAUAUUUCAUUUUCAGAACUUUUAUUUAAAAGUUUUAUUACACAAGAAUUAUUAUCUAAAGCUAUAGGUAAAUCCUGAUCUAUCAUUCAUAUGAUCUAUUUAUACUCAAAAAGAAAACACAAUAAAUACUAGAUACAUCUUUAGUGUUUUUGUUUUUAAUUGAGCUAUUGAAACAUUUUAGGGAACUUGAAUUUAGAGGAAACCAAGGGAUUAGCUUUCUGAUAAGCUAGCACAUUUAGCUAAAAUGUUAAUUUAGCAAAGCUACCUUUUUCACUACUUCGCCAUUUACAUUUCCUGUGAAAAUACAUAUUAAAAUAUUAUACCCAUUAAAAAGGCUAAAGGCUGUACCAGUUCAGUGCCGAUUUGCAUUAAAAUAUUUAGCAUUUAUCUUGAACUGAAAAUAAACUCAAAGGGCUUUCUGUAAUUUGAAAGAUUUCUCUAUAAUGCAAAUUUUCCAUAACAAUAUGUUUAACAGGAUUAUUGCUGUAUUUCCUGCUGUUAAAGGGUUGUCCAAAAAUGAUCCUUUUGAUUUUGCUAACUGUUAGCCUGUAGCUAGAUGUAAAGCAUUUGAUUUAGCUCUCAGUAUAGAGUUAAGGUGUACUUUCUCAAACCUUAAUGGAAAUAUAGGGCAAUAAGAUACACAAGCUAUUUUUUCAAAAUGUUAUGAAUUUCAACCAUUUACAAGGUUAGCCUACUAAACAAUAUAGCUACAGCUCAUAGGAUGUUGGAAAACAACCAAUAAAAGGUGUUAUUACAUUUACAGUUUCAUUUUUGUCAAAAUUCUCUGCAUGCAGUUAAGAGCCUGAAAAAUUAUGGACAUAACAGAAUGUAACACAAAGCUUAUCAAGCUUCUGCAUGCACUAACUGCAGUGAAAUAAAUAAUCUCACUGUUUUAUUCACCAGACUACAAAUAACCAAACUGAUUAGCAUUAUGUUUUAAAAGCACUGAAGAUUUCAAACCAUGUUUAAAUAAAAAUGUGUAUUUUUCAAUCUUUCCAUUGCAUUUAUAAUUAAAACUUGAAGCUAUUAAAACUGUUUGCUCACAACAGAACAGGGUUGUGCUUAAAACAUCAAUAUGAUCAGCUUUAUACACAACAAACCAAUAAACAGCCCACUAUGGCAGGGAUUUAAAGUUUUUUUGUUUGUUUUAUUCCAAAAUAAAGUGAUUUUAUGAUUCUUAUAUUGUAAUUUUUUAAAUUAUAUAUGCUUGCUUAAAACUACAGGUAGACCGUUUACAAGAUUUUGUUCUACCUCUUCGACUGUACAGUGAACACAAAAACUAAAUUCAUGUAAAUCUGCCAGAAAUGUCUUCAGUUGAAACCCAUCACUACAUACCUGGAUGUUUUUUCUUUUCAAUGUCAUUUUAUCCACAUGAAGGUCACUUUGGUGCCUUGUCUCCACAAAAGUGUCUUCUUUUUAUUAAAACCUUUCCCUUUAUCUGCGUAUAUUUAACUCCAAAAAAGCACCACAUCUUAGUUGAAAAUGCCACAUUAAAUAUAACUGGAAUUCAGUUUAAAUGUUGUAAUCUGUGGGUUUAUUUUACCUUUUGGUCUUAUACAGUUGAUGAGAGAUUUCCGGGACUUUAGCUGAAAUGCACCCUCAGAUACUGUCACUUUGUAUUACCAGACUUCCAAAUGGGUGAAAAUCAUACAUUUUGCAUGAAUGUUAUUACACUGCCUUGGUUUUUUUUUUAGAUAAAAAUAUGUCUAAAUAUGAAGAAUCAAAGGUUUCAUUGUUGGUGUCUUCUUCUAAAGAAGUAUGCAAAAAUGCUGAACACGUUAUUGUUUUGAUGAGUCAUAUGUGAUAGAUUGAGGUGCAUAACACAAAAUGAUUCUGAUAAUUUUUUUGGUUGUAUUAUAACACAGAGUGUGGCUUGGUAGAGGUGGAAAUCCAUCACCCCCUAAUCCCUAAAUGGCAUUUUAUCCACUAACUAAAACAUACCACAGGUCACACAACAACACCAGCCAAUGAUCUUCUUUCUGUACGGCAUCAACCAAUACUCUUGUUCCCACUUUUAUGUAAGCCUGAGGCAACAUGAAUAUUUCCAUCGGUUUGUAAUGUUUCCAUACCAUUAAUUAGAUUAUUACAUGCUGGGAUUAUGUAAAUUAAUUAUUCUCUGUUCAUAAUGGUAGCUAAACUAUUACCUAGAGACAGCCUGUACAUUUGCUGUAUUAACAAACUGUUAUCUUUUUUUAACAGUGCUUGAUUAUUAAAAGGAGAAUGCAAUGAAAGCUAAUUUACAUGGGUACCUAGUAAAGAAAUUCCAACCCUGUAUGGUAUUGGAAAAGAAAGGAAAAUGUCUGUACUGUCUGUCCUUUUAUUUCUUUGAGAAAAGCUGAAUGUCAACGGCUGAUCUGACCUAGGUCGCUGUGGAAAUAUGUAGCUCUCUCCCUUUUUAGACAACACUUGAGCAUUUUCUCUGUAUAUAGUUGCAUUUUCAAUAUGAAUGAAAAAAAAAAACAAGAAAAAGGCGAUAGAAGAUAUUAAAAGAUGCAAAAAAAAGAUGUCCAAAAUGGAUUUCUGAAAGCAGUCGGAUAUAUUUGUUUUUUCCAACCAUGGUAGCUUGUAAGAUAAGAUGAAACUGCCUCCUGUUUGUCAUAGAAUUCACAAAUAAAUGUGUCAUGGAUUUUGA